CACUUUAAAGUGGUGCAGCAUGUCUUGAAGAGAGGGCACGGCCAUGGAUCGGCCGCCCCCUCCGAAAUAUGGAGGGACCCAUCGGGGCGCGAAAAAUGGGCUGCGGAUGGCGACGGACCGCAGCCACCCAGGAGAAGGGGCCGCCCGCGCCGGCUCUUUCGCGUCGUUCAAACAAACUGCCACACUUAUCGGCCCCUUCCGCGUGGCCUCCUUUGCAGGAGAUCAGAGAGGCUGGGCGCGGCGCUUCGUUCAGCUUGCUCGGCGUGGUGCAUUGCCUUGCCGAUCCUCGACGGGGGACAACGGUAGGCAGCGCCUGGCGCUGGUGCUCCUUUUCAACUUUUUCGCCGGGUUCCCUUGCGAAGCCAUUGCCCGCCGCCACGCGGCGACCCCAUGCCGCCGUCGCUUCAAGGAGCCCUUCGUUAGCUUCGGCCUGGCCGGUUUAGUUUGCUGCGGAUCUGUUGUUUUCGGGUGCUGGCUAAAGUGUCGCAAGAUUUCCAAACUUGGCUGUACCCUUGGCUCGCAAGUCUCAGCCUCGUGGCAUUGGGCCGUUUCUGACGUUGCCAGUGGAAUCAGCGAUAGUCUUCCGGAGCAAAUUUCGAUGGAGAUACAUGGGAAAGCUGGAGACGGGACUCCGCUACUUUCGUGGACACUUCGCGGGGCGGAUCAAGCAGCGGGAGUGCCCGGACCGUUGCAACGCUGGUGGCGAGGCGGCGAUUAUGUGAGAGAGCUGAAGCAGGGAAGAAAUGGGGAUGAAGUUCUCAAGUUCAUGCUUAUGCUUCACCGGACGGGUUUUCGGCUCACCUUCGUGAAUUGGAAGGCCGAGUGUCGUCAUUGUCUUGAGGUUUUUCUCGGGCGCAUCUAUUGCUGACUCUGGUCCCCGUCUUCGCGACGGCGGUUAUUUUUCAUUGGUUGCAUACAUUUGUUCGCUUUCAGUAGCGCGACAAAAUUGGAGGUCACUGUAUGCCCUAAGAUGGUAGCAAAUGUCACUCUUCGAGAGUCGUUGCUUUCUCAUUCCCCUUUUCACGCUUCAGUAGAAGCAAGAGGAAGAGGCCAUCCCUACACUCGAACUUGGCAUGAAACGAAAGAAGGAGUUUGAAAUUCAUCGACAGGUCUUUGGAGUAAGAAACGUGCCCGCUCCGCCCAUCUAUUGCGCAUGUGUUCCUAAAAGAGUGCUGCUCUGGUCUGGUUAUGCCGCGUCAGGCAAUAACGUAGGUGUCGUAUGUACUGAUUUGCAACACGCUAUGGCGCCCCUAUCAUGGUAGUUCGCACUGAAUUUUGUGCGAGAUUUCUUGCCUUGUGUUGCAUUUAAUUGUUUGGACUCUCCUUGCUUGUAUUUGGUUUUGUAAGCUUCUACUCACUGGUAUCAUUUGCUAGCGUGCGGUAGGCUCCAUGGAAUGGAUGAGCGAAGAGCUGCGAGCACUCCGCGUCGGGUUUGCCGUGCCUAAUCUGGUACACAAGAUCUGGCACACUCACUGCGUACAAAAUGCAGGAUGUUUUGUGAGCGUCUGUGCGUGCGAUACCGUGAAGACAGAACUUUUUCGCUAUAAGUGGGGCGCAUGAUAUAUAAGUCGUACGCGCUGCACUUGCGGCUCAAAGAACAAAGGACUUGCUCCGCAUGUUGUGACUCUGUUCAGGGCAGCAAUAGCUCACUGAGAAUGGUGGAGGAGUAACCAC